GCAAUUGGUCUGUUCCGCAAAAAAAUACAACAUGUGCUAUAAGGUUAAGGUCUACUGAUUCAAGCAGAAGAACCGGCUAUAAAUCUUCCUUAGAUCUUACUCAUAUAUUCUAUUUGCAUAAUACUACAGGAAUCCGCAGAAAAGGGUCCAGUGAAGUAGAUCAAGGAAGGAAGCUUAGAAAAAGAGUUUAUAUAAAUUAUACUGAAUCAGAUGUGGAAACAAAUUCGGAAUCAGAUGUGGAAACAAAUUCGGAAUCAGAUUCGGAAUCAAAUUAUGUUGAACAAACAUCAAAAAGUACGAAUAUAAACUAUAAACUAGGAAGAGGGUGUUUUGUUAAUAAUACCUUAAAAGAAAAGGCAAACCCUUCCCAUAAUCUCUGGAAACGACAAAAAGUUAAUGAUAAGUCUGAUAAUUAUUCUGAAGCAGAAUCGAAGAAUAUUAUCUCAAGUGAAGUUUCAGCUAAGGAUAAUAAUUUAUAUAUAGAUGGCGUGAAUAUACGUGCAGCAAUUAAAACCUGGCGUAAAUCGACCAAAUAUGUUGAUGAAAUCAACAAACAAGAUUUGCUAUAUUAUAACAUUAUAGAUACGAUUGAAACAUCAGCAACAAAGGCACGAGUUAUUUUUAAAGAUGAAUGGGAUAAAAUGAUCAAUACUAUUGAAAGUACAAUCAAUCCAGAAGAAUCACGAAGUGAAGAGCCACAAAAUAAAGAGCCACAAAAUGAAAAGCCAAGAAAUGAAGAGUCACAAAAUGAAAAGCCAGGAAGUGAAGAGCCACGAAAUGAAGAGUUAGGAAAUGAAGAGCCACGAAAUGAAGAGUUAGGAAAUGAAGAGCCACAAAAUAUGAAGAAAUAUAUCAAGGAAUUUAUGAGCAAACUUACAACCUGGGCGCAAUUAGAAAAUGUUCUAAAAAACAAAAAAGCUGAACUGCAGGAUUAUUCUAGUGAAAAAUAUAAGAAGCAAGCUUUAAAGCUUGCAACGAUCUUCAAAAAUCAAUUUGAGGAUGAUCGAAAUACUUUUACAGAAGAACAAACGGAAUAUAAUUUCAUUAUAAAUUUCGUUUCACAAAUUUUCAAAUUGCUUUUUAAGGAUAAUAAGUCUUUAAAACUAGACUGGGGAGAGAAAACAUUAAAAGCAUCAGCAGUUCUAAAGAACGAACUACUCCAAGAUGACUAUAGACGUAGUCAUGGUAAUAAAAUCGAUCUUGUUAUGAGCAUUGUCGACAUUAAAUUAGAAAGUAUAAUUAUGGAGGUAUCAGGUUCUCCGAAUGAGCAAGAUCAUACCCACUAUGUGGGUGAUCGAAACAAGAUAGCUAAAAUGCUAAAAAUAAUUAUAAACUAUACCAUCACUAAGUAUCCUGGCAGUUUCGAAGUAUUUAGAAAAAUAAAGGUUUAUGGAAUUCAAAUUUAUAGUAAGUUGC